AUUUGUUGCACACUUUUCGCUAAUCGGUCGUCGUGCAAUUUCAGAAAGUGUUCAAUAUUUUGUAAAUUAUUAUCAACUUAUUUGCAGUGAAAACUAUUUCAAAAUGACGCUUUACCAUUUUGGAAAUUGUGUUGCACUAGUUUACGUACCGUACUACAUGACCUACAAGUAUUCCGGCCUAUCAGAAUAUGGAGCGUUCUGGAAGUGCAUUCAAGCCGGUGGAAUCUAUAUUUUCACCCAGCUUUGUAAGAUGCUGGUCCUCGCGACAUUCUUCCCCGAUACGGACAGUUUCACCGGGGAAGGCCAAUUCAACUUGAUAGCGGAGUUCCUCCGGUGCAGUGUGGACUUGGUGGACCUCCUGGGUCUGGCAUUUGUCCUGUCGAAAAUUCCUGGAAAGGGACACAGUAAACUUAUCACUGCCGGGCUCGGAUGGGCCACUGCCGAGGUGAUUCUGUCACGUGGUCUGAUGCUUUGGGUCGGUGCCCGUGGCGCCGAGUUCUCGUGGAUCUACAUCCAGCGUUGUUUGGAAUCAAACAUUCUGUUGGUGCAGCAUCUGGCCACGGCUACUCUGUUGUGGUUGUUUUCCCGACACGAUCUCGAGAAGAAGUUUGUCCCGCUGGUGAUCGUACUGCUGGUUGCGAUUUCCUUCCGUGGCGUGUGGCUUGAAGGAACCCUUCAGGCGCUGGCAACCGGACCGUGGUUCGGCCUGGGCCUGAAGGCGCUCGUCACCGGUUGCAUCGGAUUCGUUACGUUGCAUAUCUACUCCGGGCUGGCUCAGUCCAUCGGAUUGUAAAGGUAACAGUACUAAAUACAUUUACUCUAAAAGGGAUUAGGGUCAAAAGGUCGUAAAUCGAAAAAAAGCAAAGCAUGGAAUGAAUUUAAAUUUACAACAUUCUAUCAUAGAAUCACGACAAGAGAGUUUUAUUCUGUUCUCAUAAUUUAUUUGUUUCACACAAUUGCGCUGCAUUGUGAGCAGUUUAGACCAAAACCUAAUAAAUAGUAAUAAAUAAUCUCAA